AUGUCUCCCGAUUCAUCUUCGUCCCUGUACCCGGACCGGCCCAUUCGACCUCUCCCGAAACGCAGAUUGCGCGAGCGGCUGUCGCCCGACGUUGCUGAUACUAUCCAGUAUCCACCGGCUCCUCAGACUACAGCUCCUCUGUUUGCGUAUCCGUAUAAUUCCAAGGAAGAUUUAGCAUCGUUGGGAAUUGAUCCUCCGAACGUUGCACACCGAGAAAAUGCAGCGGAAUUGGGGCAAGAGGCCAGCGCGCGUAGAAAUGGCAUGGGUGUCGAGCAAGAUGACCAGUCAUUAAUCGGACAAGCACGUAGAGCUCUCAUCUCGCGACCCCUCCACGAUUCGCCGGGCCAUGCGGUUCGUGCCCCGCUACGGCAGAGUCAGCCUCGACAGCCGAAUCCGCAACCCCCACCUUCGACUGCAUCUUCUGUGGAUGGCUACGAUUCAUUUGAAAACAGCAAUAACAAGAAGAAAAGGAAGAUCCCAACUGCCGGCGAAACUAUUUUAAACGGAACGCACGUACUUAAUGAUUUAGGUACGCUAGGAGUAUCGUCACCUACGUUAGCGGGCGAUGAUGGAUCUUUGGAUGCAUCAGGAGCAGCUUCCGCACCUUAUUAUCAAACAGGGGGUGCAAUUGCGGGUGCCCAGGGACUUUCCGGUCCUGGUAGAGGUAGGUACGGUCGGACGCGCAACGGCAGGAGCCCGCUACGAGCUCUAUCGGAUCCAAAUAGCAACUGGGGCAACCGGAACUCUAAUAAACAUAGGUCAGGUGGUAUCCAAUAUCCCUCAUCGCCUGCCGUAGAGAAUUCCGGUAUCAUUUCCAGUGCUAUAGCGAGCGCCGAGAAGCUUCAAGUACCACAGGGUCAAGAGAAUAUUAGUCUUCUGCACCAAGAAACAUCUACAAAGCCCAGUCCUGCAUCGGCGCAGUUUACUUUUACGUUCGAUUCUCAGAAUCCUGUCUCUUGGCCAGGGUCUGACCCAGCUCCUUCUAGCUUGAGAACUUCGCAUCCUCUAAACCGAUCAUCUCGCACAAUGUCAACCGCCGGAGGCAUUGGUACCACAGGCUCCGUUCCCAAUGGGUCGGCAGCGUCUUCAACUGGGUCAGGAGAUAUGCCAUCAGGGGCAAACGCGAUAGGCAACGAGUCGGGUAGAGGGCCAAGUCAGGCGAGCGCGGCUCCCAAGAAACCGAAGCGUCGUGGCAAUUCGCUUUUGCUUGCAGCUAAGCAGCGUCGCCGAGAAACAGCGUUUCAGAACUUUCACCAUCCCCCGGCAGCAGAUGACAUCUGGAUCUGCGAAUUUUGCGAGUACGAGCGCAUCUUCGGUCGUGCCCCCGAAGCUUUGAUCCGACAGUACGAGAUCAAAGAUCGCCGACGACGCCGAGAGGAAGCAGAACGCCGUCGAUUGCUGGAGAAAGCAAAGAUGAAAUCUCGCAAAGGCAAGAAAGCGAACAAAUUGCCUGCGAAAAACAACUCUGCCUCCGCAGACCGUCACACAACGUCUGGACAGCAGACUUCUCAACAUCAACUUGGACCUAACGACCAGGACGACGACCAGGCUCUACAUCAACGUCAAAUUCACGAAGAAGACCAGGAGGAACUAGGCUACGACUCGGAGGACAACUAUGAAGACCAUGGCCCCGAGGCGGAGCCACCAGGCACGAUUCCUGCUCUCGCACAAGGACGCGGAGGCAGAGGCGGUUCUCGGAUGGAAUCCAAAGUGAAGCAUGGCGGUUAUUGA